CAGCGCCAUGAUUGUUAGAUUAACUUGUAUACGUCAGAGUUAGACAGUAAAGAUGGUUGUCUUAAAAGGAAUUCCUUCCAUACUGUCUCCUGAACUGUUGUAUGCAUUGGCUAAAAUGGGCCACGGGGACGAGCUUGUUCUUGCUGAUGCAAACUUUCCUGCUUCUUCAAUUUGUCGCUGUGGACCAACUGAAAUAAGAGCGGAUGGACUUGGCAUUCCUCAACUGUUGGAAGCCAUAUUAAAACUGUUUCCACUGGAUACUUAUGUCUGUUGCCCGGCUGCUGUUAUGGAUGUAGUAGAAUAUGACAAGCAGAGAGGACUGAAGAUACCAGUGUGGAGGGAAUACGUGCGACUCCUUGACCAAGCUGGAUCAUCUGUAAGCCAGUUAAUUACUAAACCUUUGGAAAAAGUCGAAAGAUUUGUAUUUUAUGAGCGGGCUAAGAAGGCUGCUGCAGUUGUUGCCACAGGAGAGACUUCUCUAUAUGGAAAUCUUAUCAUCAAGAAAGGUGUAAUUCCAGCAGAAGAUCAGUGCUGAACACGAAGCCAUUUCAUAAAACCUAAUGACUUAAAGCUGUCAAACGGUUUGAUUGUAAAGAAUUUAAAGCAGAAUCGAACGCCCUGUUAACUGCUAAAUAAAUGUGUUUUUACAGGAAAGCA